GCUGACUCGAACGAUAAGCCCAGGGAUUCCCUGACACGACCUAGCAGUGGCGUAUAGCGAUCUACACUCUCUGUUAAUCCGUAUGGCAGACUCGACAGACCUUCAAGCACAAUCACCUGAACUUCUGGAUGAACGCGACUCGCUCAAUUCCUUCAGAGACGAAUUUUACAUCCCUCAGAACGGUGCGGUUGGCGCGUCCAAUGACCUCCCAGCCGAUCAGCCAUGCACGUACAUGUGUGGCAACUCCCUGGGCUUGCUGUCAAAGCUGUCGGAAUCCCUUGUACAAGGAGAGUUGAGAGUCUGGGCAACACGAGGAGUUGUGGGUCACUUCAGCCAUCCGUAUGGGCGUGAAUGGGUAGAGUUCGGGGAGAAGUUGUCACCAUUGUUAGCACCCAUAGUCGGCGCACAUUCGAACGAAGUCAUAUCCAUGUCCACACUUACCGCGAAUCUCCAUCUCAUGAUGAACGCAUUUUACAAGCCCACGAAGGAGCGCUUCAAGAUCUUAUGCGAAGCGCGAGCAUUCCCAUCUGAUAGGUAUGCAUUUCAUUCUCAAGCGAGUGCGCACGGAUUCGAUCCAAAGGAGGCUGUCGUCGCGAUGUCCCCGCGAGAAGGCGAGCAUAUCCUACGAGAAGAGGAUAUUCUCGACAUCAUUGCUAAAGAGGGGUCAAGCAUCGCCGUCAUCUGUUUUAGCGGUGUUCAAUAUUACACGGGACAGCUGUUCGAUAUGCAGAGGAUCACCCACGCAGGCAAGCAUGCUGGAUGCAUCGUCGGAUGGGAUCUAGCCCAUGCGAUUGGAAAUGUUCCGUUAUCGCUGCAUGAUUGGGGCGUUGAUUGGGCAGUCUGGUGCACCUACAAGUACCUGAACUCCGGAGCUGGCGGCAUCGGCGGACUGUUUGUCCAUAGCAAGUGGGACAACAUCAAGAAGCCAGACUAUGCUGGAUGGUGGGGACAACAACUUUCGACUCGCUUCCAAAUGCCAGAAGACUUCACACCGAUACCCGGCGCAUGGGGAUACCAACAAUCUAACCCUUCAUGUUUGACCCUCGCAUCCUUAUUGGGUAGUCUCGAGAUCUUCCAGUCGGCCGGUGGAGUACAGGCAACCCGAAAGAAGAGUGUGCUCCUUACAGGAUAUCUCGACGGGCUCCUCCGCCAGUCAAAUUUCUAUUGUGCUCCCGAAGGCCCAAGCUUCACCAUCAUCACACCUUCCGAUCCAUUUCGUAGAGGUGCUCAGCUCUCCCUGCUUUUCUCCUCAUUGGGAACGAUGCAGAAGGUAUUCGAUGGGCUGACCAACGCAGGUGUGAUCUGCGACGAACGCCAGCCAGACGUCAUUCGAUUGAGUCCGGUGCCGUUGUACAAUACGUUUGUGGAUGUUAAGCGCGCCGUUGACGUGCUCGAGGCGGUCAUGGGGUCACUGUAAUGUAUGAAACCAC